CAGGGCUCCCACCGACGUCUCCAACUUCAUUUACGUUGCCGUGGAGAAUCCACAUCCUGGUUCCGGAAUAUUAACCGGAUUCCCAAUAUUACCAUUAGAUGAAGAUAUAGAAGUGUAAGAGCCCAGAAGAUUUGGUACAUCAUGAAGCUAUUGAGUAUUUCCCUUCAGUUGGUUUCGGCUCUUGUUUGCAGAGCUGUUACUGCUUCCUCUGGCGAUUACGAUGCUAUCUUGAAUAAAAUUGUAAACAAUGAUGAUAAUUCCCCGUCUGGCGGUGAAGGACAAGUUACACUGUCUACCUUAUCGGGCUUUUCUACUUUGUCGAGCCUUACCAAGCGCGAUGCGGAGCCUUACUUCAAAGAACUCGAUAUGUAUUCCUUUGACAAUUAUGAGAAGGUUGCCAAGGUUGGAGCCAUGCUGAAACAGGCACAGUCUAAUGAGAUGUUGGGCGACGCCCUUUACCUUUACAAUUUGAUGGAUCGUAACGGCUAUACGCAUAGUCUCGCGUUGAAUGGCUCAUCCGAAUUUGUUAGUGAGACAUGCAAAUUCCUUUACACGUAUGGUUUAAACAGUACUGAGUCUCUCGCUUCUACGGCGUCGAGUACCGACCUGAUGAACUAUUACAGGGAUUUCAAUAUUUCUCUUUGUGACGUUAAUCAUCCGACGAAAAGAUCUAGUAGAGGGUGUGAUGACCAUCAUUCUACAAAUUAUACUAGUUGUGAUGUUCUGAAUCAAGGAAUUUCGGAUUAUGGCAUAUUUCCGCUAAGUCCCAGAAGUUUCUGUGGCGGCGAUUGCUGCAUUUCGUGGAGCGCUCCUGUUAAUUUCAAUUCGUCUUGGGCACAAGACAAUAUUCAAGUGUGUAUGGAUCGUUGUCUAGUGCCUACUGGAAGCUGUAUAAUCAGGGAUGCAGUCUACAAUGAUGUUCAUAUUAACUUUUGUGUUAGCAACAGAGGCAGAGGUUGCCAUUAAAUAGAGAGCAUCGUCGUGAGCAUUAAUUUAUUCUUGUGUGCAGUUCGCGUAUUCUUCCUGAAGCGAACUGAUUUUUUCCGUCCUGAUUGACUCUUAUUAUUUAAGUUUAUCCAAUAACUCUCAAGUUACCAAGCAGUCGGCUGUAGAUAGUAAGCGCUAUUGCUACGUAUUAAUGUUAUUGCAGUGUUUUUGUUUGCAAUUCUUCACAAACUUGAUUUUUUGUGUAAUUAAAAAAUUAACCAGCUGUGAG